CUCCAAACAAAAUAGGAUACGUGUAGAAGAAGCCGGGAUUAUUUCUUUCAAACAUAAUAAAGGCAGAAGCAGUUGUUCGUCGAAAAUUUUUGAAUUGCAGAAAAAAAGGAAAAAGAAAAUGUCAACUUUAAUCCUCACUGGUCAGACUUCGGCGAGAGAGGACGCCAUGCGGCUUCACCGUGCCUUCAAAGGAUUUGGAUGUGAUACAAGUGUUGUAAUUGAGAUUCUUGCCCAUCGAGAUGCUAGACAACGUGCUGAAAUCCAACGAGAAUACUAUGCUAUGCAAAAAGAGGACAUUCUUAAACGUUUGGAGUCAGAGCUUACAGGUGACUUGGAGAUGGCUGUUUUGCUCUGGAUGCAUGACCCAGCAACACGUGAUGCAAUGAUAAUCAAGACAGCACUCGGGAACGAUCUAAAAUGUGCCACUGAAGUAAUUUGUUCUCGCACGCCAUCUCAGAUUCAAACGAUUAAACAAAUUUACGUUUCAAAGACUGGGAUUCAACUUGAAUAUGAUAUUGAACGUCGCACCUCUGGUGAUCAUAAAAAGCUUUUACUUGCAUAUGUAAGCCCACCAUUUGACGAAAAUCCGCUAGUUAAUAAGCAAAUGGCUGAAAGUGAUGCGAAUGCUCUCUACAGAGCUGGGGAGAAGAGAUUUGGAACUGAUGAGAAGACUUUCAUCCGGAUAUUCAGUGAACGAAGCAGGGCUCAUUUGGCUGAAGUUGCUAAUUUAUAUAAUAAGCAUGGAAGCUCACUUCAGAAGGCAGUGAAGAAGGAAACAUCAGGACUUUUUGAGUUUGCUCUCUUGACAAUCUUACAAUGCGCACAGAAUCCAGGGAAGUACUUCGCAAAGUUACUACACAGGGCGAUGAAAGGUAUAGGAACAGAUGAAAAAACGCUGACAAGGAUAAUUGUGACAAGAACUGAGAUCGAUAUGCAAUAUAUAAAAGCGGAUUACAUGAAGAAAUACAAAAAGCCAUUGUAUGAUGCAGUUCAGUCAGAAACCUCUGGGAAUUACAGGACUUUUCUUCUGGAACUUCUGGGUCGUAGGGUUUAGCCAAAAAAUAUUGGGUAAUACUACACUUACAACCUAAUCUUACAAACUUUCGCUUACAACCCUUACGUGGCAAUUCACAAUUAACCAGUUUACAAAUAGGUUUCUUAUACUCGCUAUAGGUCCUGUCCGUGCAAUUGCAAGCUGACCAAUUGCGGACUGUCAGGUAAGGGUUGUGGGGAAAAGUUUGUAAAAUAGGGUUGUGAGUCAAUCUUUAUCCAAAAAUAUUAUAGGAUUUUAUGGAAAUAAGGUUUUUUUUUUUUUUU